AUGCUGAGAGCUAUCAUUAACUGGUUCACCAUGGCGGUUCCAGAAAACAAUACGCUGAAGGCCGCUGACUUCGCUUCCCACGCGGCACAUGAACAAUCACAGUCCGCUCUCUUCUCCGUCCUGCCUGGUGAGAUUCGAAUGACAAUAUGGAAUUACGCUCUCGCCGAUUAUCAAGACGAGACCCAGCUGUACGACGAUGCGACAUGUUACAAGCGACCGGAUUACUUUGCACCCAGAAAGACCGAUACGGUACUACUGCGAACAUGCAAGCGCAUUUAUCAGGAAGCUUGGUUCCUGCCAUGGACCAACGCCGAGCAAACCUUCUACCUCACCUCGAGAGAUCGAAGACCACCACGCACAACCACACCGAGAGAAAUGCAGCAAACCCUAGUGGCCAUCUCCAAAACACAAACAAUGCCUAUCAUACAACACGUACGCGUCUUUCCUCAGCUGUAUGCUCUAGAGAACGGACAGAGACUCCAGGACAUUCUCAAUCUCCGUUUCUUCUAUCCCAGAGUCAUAACCAUCACCAUCAGACACACAGAUUGGUGGUUCUGGGAGAGUGACAACAACCUUCACUUUGACGCCACUUGGGUCGACUUCUGCAGAUUUCCCAAUAGCCUGACAGAGCUCCGUGUGGCUUUUGAGAGUCUCGAGCGUAAAAAAGAUCAGAUUGACGACGUUGCAAAGCAAGCCAUGGAGGGUUGGGUGUUCCGCCGCAAGGAUGAUGUUGAGCUAUCGGCCCAUGACUGCGAGCCUGAGAUCAUGAGGUGGAGCGGGAGUGCGACUUGGGGACAUAACCGGUGGGUGCGCGACGAAACAGGUCCAAACAAACUGGACUACUAUGUAGCCACCGUCACCUGGAGACCUGUCAGCUCAAACGUCAACAGAGAGGAAGCUUCUAGUGCUCAUGUGGCCGGGCACAGAGAGUUUCCCAGUCUGGACGCUAUUGGGUACUCGCAGCUCGACGACCCGAUACCAAGUGUACCUAUCAGCUUCAUACGGAACGCCGAUAUGCCUCUCGAUGCUCCUACCGCAGAUGUUCGCCGCCUGCUAGAACCACCCGACGAGGAGGCACAGGAUGAUAGCGGUGGGUUUGAGGACUUCGAAGAUGAGUCUGAGCAAGAUGACACCGACACUGAAGACGACGAGUUCAUGGAUGUCGAGUCUGGAGAAGACUGA